GCGUGCGUGCGCAGCCCGCUCCCCGGGCCAUGGCUGGCUGGGCGGGGGCCGCGCUCUCGGCGCUGAACCCGCUGCGCACGCUGUGGCUGGCGCUGGCCGCCGCCUUCCUGCUCGCGCUGCUCCUGCAGCUGGCGCCGGCCGGGCUGCUGCCGAGCUGCGCGCUCUUCCAGGACCUCAUCCGCUACGGGAAGACCAAGCUGUCCGGCCCGCGGCGCCCCGCCGUCUGCAGGGCCUUCGACGUCCCCAAGAGGUAUUUUUCUCAUUUCUACGUCAUCUCCGUGCUGUGGAAUGGCUUCCUCCUCUGGUUCCUUUCUCAGUCCCUCUUCCUGGGAGUACCUUUUCCAGACUGGCUGCGCGCUCUGCUCAGAACUCUUGGGGCCACGCAGUUCCGAGCACUGGAGACAGAGUCCAAGGCCUCCCAAAUGCUAGUGGGCGAGCUGGCCCUGUCUACCUUCUUGGUGCUGGUGUCCGUCUGGGUCCACAGCCUGCGGAGACUCUUCGAGUGUUGCUACAUCAGCAUCUUCUCUAACGCCGUGAUUCACGUCGUGCAGUACUGUUUCGGGCUCGUCUACUAUGUCCUGGUUGGCCUGACUGUCCUGAGCCAAGCGCCCAUGGAUGACAAGAAUGUCUAUGUCCUGGGGAAGAAUCUCCUGCUCCAGGCUCGGUGGUUCCACAUCCUGGGAAUGAUGAUGUUCUUCUGGUCAUCUGCCCAUCAGUAUAAGUGCCACAUCAUUCUCAGCAAUCUCAGGAGAAACAAAAAAGGUGUGGUCGUUCACUGCCAGCACAGGAUCCCCUUCGGAGACUGGUUCGAGUAUGUGUCUUCGGCUAACUACCUGGCAGAGCUGAUGAUCUACGUCUCCAUGGCUGUCACCUUUGGGUUCCACAACUUAACUUGGUGGCUGGUGGUGACGUAUGUCUUCUUCAGCCAAGCCUUGUCUGCGUUCUUCAACCACACGUUCUACAAGAGCACGUUUGUCUCCUACCCGAAGCAUAGGAAAGCGUUCCUUCCAUUUUUGUUUUGAGGCAGAAUGCAAUGGGUGAAGAAUGCAAGCCAGGUGACAGAUUUCAUUCCUAGAGACGCUGAGACCGAGAUGGAUGUACGCUUGCUUCAGGAAUGUUUGACAUUCCCUGUUCCACUGCAGAGUGUGCACUGGAGAAGACAUUCCUGGAAAACCUGGGCUUGAGGGAUCUGCUUGCUGCCGAGCUUUACAGAGGCAACCAAACGAUAACCAGUAACUGGGCGUCUCCAAGCUGAUUUAUGGUCACACUAACCAGGAGUAUAAACAGCUUUGCAUGCAUGCAUGCUCCACCCCCACCCCCACCCCCACCGCACACCCGUUCCCCGUUCCCCUCCUUGCUCUCUCUCUCUCUCACUCUUGUACAGGAAGAAAAAUGACCAUCUGUGGCUGGGAACAGUGAGCUGGACCGAGUGCUGUGGGAUAGCACAGGUUUUGAAUAAAUGUUACAUGUCAAUAAAAACGGAUACCUCUGAAAAUAACAUGAAUGUACAGUGUCACAUCGGUGGUUCUAGGGAGAAAGGGAUUUGCUGGAAUUAGUUAACAUUCCCAAUUUUAUCACCAGUAUCUCCUGUUACAUGACCAGUGCCUCGCCUGCCCUGCAAACCAGCCUAAAAUUAUAAGCUUGGAAACGUC